AUGGACGCAUCUCCAGAGACUCAAGAGAUCUACUCGCCAGUUCUCCUGAAGGCCGCCAGCAGCUUGCGCAACGCCACGACUUUCCCUGCGGACUUUGUCACUUGGUCGGCUGAGGAGCGCGACGGGUUUGUGCAGUUCCGCCGCGAGGCCAGGGAUUUUCUACGGGAGCUCGGUGCCGCCACGCCGGUGCCGAAAGGCCCCUCGCCGAAAGCCACGGCCAGUCCCAAGGCACGGCAGCGCGAGGCGGCGCCGGGAAGGCUUUUGCCACUGCUUUUGGAGGAGAUCCGCAGUGACAUCGGCGGACGGCUCCUGGGUGAUUGGCGUCAUCUCGAAGAGGCUUUGCACGCAUUGUCGGCCUUGGCCAAAGAGCUUCUGGCCGCUGGUUUCUUCUCCCAGCAGCUUUUAGAGCUGCAUGGGCUACUUCUGGGCGAGCGCAGCCCACUUUUGCAGUCUGGUGCCCACCGGCAACUGAUCUCCAUGUUCUUGCAAUGUGCUGGGGUGUUUGGGCCGCUGUGCGUUCAGGACGCAGCUCUUGGGGACAGGCUCAUGACCAUGGCUCGGGCUUCGCUGAGUAUCGCGGAGGAGGUAGCCGCAGGGCCGGAUGCCGCCUUUCCUUUCCGAGCGAAGCAAGAUCACAAUGGGGCUGUCACGCUGAUGAAGCUUUGCCAGCUUGGCUGCCCAACACUGACGCGCAAGGAGUGUGCGGAGGCGGUCCGCGCUGACCUGCAGCAGCAGUUGAAGCUGGCCCUGGUGUCCCAGCCCAACCUCUCUCCCAGCUCUACGCUGGUGCUGGCCCAGGCCGCCGCUGCGGCCACAAAGGCUUUCCCGGACGUGGCGAGCUGCUGCAUCCGAGAUUGCCUCGACACAGCACUCGGGGACCCCGUGCGAAGCUCCCUCUCGCUGCGCGCGGCCGCGGAGCUGGCAGCAGUUGCGGAGGCAUCCGCCGUAGCUUCCGCGCUGGAAGGUGCCUGGCAUCUCUUGGCGCAGGCUGCUUUUGACCCGGCGUCUCUCGCCCUGUUCCUGGCCAAAGCGGCCCGGUCCCUGCCCGGCCAGGUCUUUCUUGAUGACGGGGUAUGA